AUGGUACGACGUGGGCAUCCUCCAUUUCAUACAUAUGACUCUCAUUCAUGCUGAUUUUUCCACCAUAUUUUUUUUGUAUCAUAAUAAUUUUAAUUAUCUGAUAUGAAUUGAUGGAUAAUUCCACUGUUGGGUGUGGGCUAUAUUCUUUUGCAAAACUGGAAUCUACUUACAUCUGUUCCAUUACUCUCACCCUCACUCUCAUUCGCUUUUCUCCUUCUCUAAUGUGAUUCUGAUUUUGUCUUAUUUUUUCCCUUGUUUCUGUUUUUUGAGCGCUUAAAAUGGCGAUUGGCAGUGCCUUAUCUACUUUAGAGUCUACUAGAUUUAUGGGUUUAAGGGUGUCUGGAGGUGAUGAUGUGUUGCAUUUAUCUAAGAAUCGGACAUCUGUUUUUGCAUGCUCUUGCCCGUCAUUGUCACAGGACAUAGGUACCUCUCAAAAGGUAUUUCGUUGUGCAGGAGUAUCGAUGGAGAGUAGUUCUAAUGUGAAUAUUGUAAAGAACUUUGUUGUUGGAAAGUAUUUCUUUGGGUCGUCCAAAGAAGAAUUUACGUCUUAUCAUUCAUCUAAAAAGAAUUUACCUCCAGUGGGAGCAUUACUGACAUCUAAAACUCCUGAUGUGCCCGCUACACCUUCUGUUGGUGAGGAGAAAAUAGGAGUUUUGCUGCUUAAUCUUGGUGGCCCAGAGACUUUGGAUGAUGUGCAACCCUUUUUGUAUAAUCUUUUUGCUGACCCGGACAUCAUCAGACUUCCAAGGCUGUUCCGUUUUCUUCAGAAGCCCCUUGCUCAAUUUAUUUCUGUUGCAAGGGCUCCCAAGAGUAAAGAAGGUUAUGCUUCAAUUGGUGGUGGUUCACCUCUUCGGCAGAUAACUGAUGCGCAGGCUGAAGAGUUACAGAAGGCUCUAGCUGCAAAAAAUGUCCCUGCAAAAGUGUAUGUUGGUAUGCGUUAUUGGCAUCCUUUUACUGAAGAGGCUAUCGAGGAGAUAAAACGAGAUGGCAUUACCAAGCUUGUUGUGCUUCCUCUUUAUCCACAAUUCUCAAUAUCAACUAGUGGAUCGAGCUUGAGACUUCUGGAGGGCAUAUUCCGGGAGGAUGAAUACCUUGUCAAUAUGCAGCACACAGUCAUUCCUUCCUGGUAUCAGCGAGAUGGGUAUAUUAAGGCAAUGGGGGAUUUGAUUGAAAUAGAGCUAAAGAAAUUCGAUCGUCCAGAAGAGGUUGUAAUAUUCUUCAGCGCUCAUGGUGUGCCAUUAGCUUAUGUCGAAGAAGCUGGCGAUCCGUAUAAGGCUGAGAUGGAGGAAUGCGUCGAGCUGAUAAUGGAAGAACUCGAGAAAAGAAGGUUUUAUAAUUCCUUCACCCUUGCAUACCAGAGUAGGGUUGGACCUGUGGAAUGGUUGAAACCUUAUACAGAUGACACUAUUAUUGACCUUGGCAAGAAAGGUGUAAAAAGUCUUCUUGCCGUUCCAAUUAGUUUUGUCAGUGAACAUAUCGAAACUUUGGAAGAAAUUGACGUGGAAUAUAAAGAGUUGGCUCUAGAAUCAGGUAUAAAGAACUGGGGACGUGUUCCUGCCUUAGGAUGUGAACCGACCUUUAUUUCAGACUUGGCUGAUGCUGUGAUUGAAAGCCUUCCCUAUGUGGGGGCAAUGGCAGUGUCAAAUCUUGAAGCAAGACAGUCUCUUGUUCCACUGGGGAGUGUAGAAGAGCUUUUGGCAGCGUAUGACUCCCAGCGCAGAGAGCUACCGGCUCCAGUGGUAGUUUGGGAGUGGGGUUGGACCAAAAGUGCUGAAACUUGGAACGGAAGGACCGCCAUGUUAGCUGUGCUGCUUCUUUUGGUGCUUGAGGUUACAACAGGCCAAGGCUUUCUGCAUCAAUGGGGUAUAUUACCAUUGUUUCAGUAACAGAAGUGUAUAUUUUAAUUUAUCCUCCUUUUCUCCUUUAACUUGUUACUUUUUUGAAAUGGAUUUUAGAACUAAAAUACACCCCCUCCCCACCCAAGCCAAAAAAAAAACUGUAAUCAGUAAUCUAGUAUAUGUUGUAUAAAAUCUGUUGUACUCAGAUACAGCUUCUGCAUCCUGUGGGAUUGCGAAAGCAUAUAAUGUAGUUAGCAUACACAAGUCUUAUUUUCUCGA